UAGCUGAAGCAGAAGCUCCCUCUCUCUCUCUCUCUCUCUCUCUCUCUCAUUAUCAGAGAUAAAUGGGAUUUCCUGUUGGGUACACAGAAGUUCUCUUGCCAAAGCUGUUCGUGCACACACUAUCCUUUCUCGGUUUUAUCAGAAGCCUCAUUCUUUGCCUUUUUAACUAUCUGGGUCUCUCAGAUUUCCUUGAAACUGAUAACGUUUGGCCGGACAAUCCGACCCCAAUCCAGAGCCACACACUAGUUUCCGCCGACCUGAUCCGGGAAAUUCUACCCGUAAUAAAGUUCGACGAUUUGGUCCCAGGAGCCAGCGAAGUUGAGCUGCCGGAGAGUUGUGCCGUUUGUUUGUAUGAGUUUGAGGGAGAUGCCGAGAUCCGAUGGCUGAAGAAUUGUAAGCACAUUUUCCACCGGGCUUGUUUGGACCGUUGGAUGGAUCAUGAUGGGAACACGUGUCCGCUUUGUAGAACUACAUUCGUGCCGGAUGAGAUGCAAGAAGAGUUUAGUCAACGGUUAUUGACAGCUUCUGACGACGGUGACUUUUACAGUGAGUACAGUUCGGUUCCUGUUUUGUAGGAGGGCCAUUUCGUUCUGUUCGUGUGAAACGUACAUAUAUAAUGAAAUUUGGGCAAUUUAGCUAAAUAAAACAAAAAGGAAAUGUUUUUGAUAUUAAAAAAGAAAAAAAAACUGAGUCUCUAAAUAUUGUUAUUACUAAUGCAUAUAAGUAGCAUUGGAAAGCCUGGAAUUUGAAUUUUAAUUAAAUUUAAUUAUGUUAAAAUAAUUUUUUUAAUUUAAUUUUAAUUAAAUUUAAAUUUAAAAUUUUAUUGUUUAAAAUUAAUUUUAAUAUAAUUUUUAAUGUUAUUAAAAUUUUUACUAAAAUUUAAUUAAUCUCAACAAGUGGCCAUUCUGCUGGUGUUGGCAGCUAAUUUCAUAGUUUUUUCAUAGCUUUUUUUUAAAGUGUCUUAGGUAGGGUUGACAAUAAAUAAGGUGCUCAUAAAAAUCACUUUAUUUAAAUUUAAUUAAUAUUUUAAAAAUUUUAAAUUAUUUAAUUUUAUAUAUUUUAAUUAAUAAUUUACAUAAAAUUUAUUUUUUAUUAAUAAUUUAUUUUUAAAAAUUUAAUAAUUUUAUAAAAUAUUUAAAUUUUAUUUUAUUUUAAAUAAAAAUAUUGAAUUUAUAAAUUUUAGUAUAAAAAUAUAUUUUUUAUAUUUAAUUAAAUAUUUAUAUAAAUAAAUUCGAUAACAUAUAAUCAAUAUGUAAAAUUUAAACCUGUCAAGAGCAUUAUUUUUCAAACAAGAAUAUAUUUUGAACCCAAUUAUAUAUUAUCUAAACUCGUUCUAUUGAGAUUCGAUCAGAUUCAGUGUCCGUAAAAAUCAAACGUAUUGCUAUUAUAGUCUUAUAAAAAAGAGGUUUUUGAGAUUUUUUUUUUAAAUGUCAAAAUUGAAAUAUAAAACAAUUUUAUUAAAAAAUAUGCUAAAUGGUUAAGCAAAGAAUCAGCUUUUUUAACAGAAAGAAAGGUUGCUUGAAUUUUAGUACUUAUAAUUAAAUCAAUACUUACAAUUAAAUUGAUACUUGUGAUUAAAUAAAGUAAUUAAAAAUGCUUAAUAGAACACAUAUGAUUAAGAGACAAGGGGGAAGGGACAGUUAUCUGAUGUGUCUUUGACUGACAUAUCUGAUACGCGUUCUCAGGGUGUGUUGCUACUGGUAGUUAUGUAAAUUUGUGUAAAUAUAGCAAUAUCACAUGUAAAUGGAGAUUCUUGCUUAAUCACUCCAUGUUUGUCUCA